AUGAUUAAUGAAAAAACAUUAACAUUAAUAUUAAUGUUAAUGUUUUCAUUAAUCAUUAAUAUUAAUGAAUUAAAUAUUCUCAUUGCUAAAAAACAUCUAUUUCGCAAUCGUGUUCCAUGUGGUUGUGGUGAUGGUACAGUAAAUUUUGUAGCUCGAACAAAUAUUGAAUAUAUUCAUGAUAUUGAAAUACGUGAAGAAGGUGGAACAUCAGAUAUUAUUGGUUCUAUUAGAGCUGGUUUAGUUUUUCAAUUAAAAGAAUCUUAUACAUACGAACCUUCCACAGGUGUUUGGCAUUAUCAACAUAAAUAUGCUAAGAAUCAAUUAUCGAAUUAUUAUAGUUUAAAACAAAUUAAUUAUGAAAAUAGACAUAUGAAACCGAAUAAUUCAGAAUUUAAUAAACAAAAUACAACUUUUUCAUCAAUCAAAGGAUAUUUCUAUACUAAAUGA